AUGUCCACUCUGGCCGCGGCAACCAGAACAUCAACAGUGGACAGGUCACUACUACGCCAGGCUCUCCUUAGCGGACACGGAUGCGGACAAAAAAUCUCCCAUUCCUGCAACUACUCCUGCACCGCAUUGGACUCAAAAGGCACUCGUCCAUACGAGGCCUUAUCCUACGUGUGGGGCUCCGAGGACAAGCCUUGUUCCAUCUUUAUAAACGGGUACAACUUAGCCGUCGGGAAAAACCUUUACGCAGCGCUGUUACAUCUUCGAGAUCACUCCAUUAAACGAACUAUAUGGAUAGACGCCAUUUGCAUCAACCAAGGAGACAAAGAAGAAAAAGGACACCAAGUUCAAUCUAUGGCGAAGAUCUACGCUAAAGCAAGUCGCGUAAUUGUUUGGCUUGGAGAGGAGGAACCCGGUAGCGACCAAGCCCUCGAAGAAAUACGCAUCGCAGCCGAGCUGUCUAGAAGACGAUUAGACAAUAAAGCGGAAAUCCUUACACUGCUUCAAGGACCGUGGUUUCGGCGCAUCUGGGUGCUUCAGGAAGUUGCCGCGGCUCGCCAUAUCCUGAUCAAGUGUGGUUCUGCUGAGGUUGACGGAUCUGCAUUCUGCUUAGGCCUAGAUGCAUUGAACGUAUCCAAUGAACUCCCCGCAGACCUGUGGGCUCGAAUUCUUUCGGUAACCUACCUCAUAAGGGGCGCAAUCUUCCGGCGCAAAUACGUGACCAGUCAGUCAGACAACUUUUCUCUUAACAUACGCCCUCUGGGUGAACUGAUAGAGAUGUACCAUACCCGCGAAGCUAAGUAUCGUCGCGAUAAAGUAUAUGCCUUACUCGUAGGUCUUUCGGACGAUAAGGAGAUUGCCUGUAUUGAGGGUAAGGGCUGCAUUCUUGGCGAAGUGUCCUCGGUCACGAGAAAUGCUACUUGGGAAGACAGACAAGAUGUGGCCAUUACUUGGAAGAAUGCCUCUAGCUAUAUUUGCGUGAAGGAAGCAUGGGGUUCUUCCUGGACUCUCCCGACCACGGUAAAAUCCGUCCAAAAAGGAGAUGUCGUCUGUCUUCUGCAAGGAGCGUCGAGACCCACGAUCCUCAGGCCAUACAACGAUCACUGGGCGGUUAUAAUGAUUGCAGUUUCCCCAGCAGGCGAUUCACAAGCUACGACCGGAGAUAUCAAGUGGUCAGAACUUUUACAAUCGAUAACAGUCUUUCCACACAAUUUUCUACUUAUCUGGGAUUGGGAUAUAGAUCCAAAUAAGCAGCAAGAUAAAAGCAACCACGACUACUUUGCAAGCAUUCCACAUUCAAAGACAGGGAUACGGAAUGUCAGAUUGGCAUUACAAGAGUAUGGAGUUGCAGUGAAGAAUCUUCGGGAAGAAACGGCGAGGGCAUUGAGGAGCAUGAGCAACCUAAAAAAGACUUGCCUAGGUCCCGAGGAUUCAGAAAAGGAAGAUGCAAAGGAAACAAUGGUAAAUCAACUUAUUGAGGACAAGGGCCAAUGGACGCUUCUAUGCUUGGCGGCAGGAAACGGGCAUGAGACGGUCGUAAAAUUGCUUCUCGACACCGGCAAGGUCAACUUGCAUAAGGAGGAGCUACGGACGGCGCUGUGGCUUGCGGCGCAAAAAGACUAUAAAGCGAUCGUUGAGAUGCUUCUCGAUACUGGCAAGGUUGGCGCAGGUGCUAAGGAUGAGAAUGGACAGACAGCGCUGUAUCGAGCGGCGAUAACUGGGCAUGAGGUAGUCGUUCAGCUGCUUUUCGAUACUGGCAAGGUUGAUGCAGGCGAAUUCUUACUCUAG